CCGAGGCCGGCGAUCGGGCGUGCGGGAUCCGGGCACCGAUCGGCCGAGAGCGAGGAGCGCGGCAUGGAGCGUCAGGCGCCCCGUGUCUUCUUCGCCCUACUGUGGGGCUGCCUGCUGGGCGCCGCCACGGCGCAGGGCAAGGAAGUUGUACUGUUGGACUUCGCUGCAGCUAACGGGGAACUCGGCUGGCUCACACACCCAUAUGGCAAAGGGUGGGACCUGAUGCAGAACAUCAUGGACAAUACACCCAUCUAUAUGUACUCCGUGUGCAACGUGGUGGCUGGCGACCAGGACAACUGGCUCCGUACCAACUGGGUGUACCGCGGCGAGGCCAAGCGCAUCUUCAUCGAGCUCAAGUUCACGGUGCGCGACUGCAACAGCUUCCCCGGGGGCGCCAGCUCCUGCAAAGAGACCUUCAACCUCUACUACGCGGAAUCGGAUGUGGACUAUGGCACCAACUUCCAAAAACGCCAGUUCCACAAGAUCGACACCAUUGCCCCCGAUGAGAUCACCGUCAGCAGCGACUUCGAGGCGCGCAACGUAAAGCUGAAUGUGGAGGAGCGCUCCGUGGGGCCGCUCUCCCAGAAGGGUUUCUACCUGGCCUUUCAGGACAUUGGGGCCUGCGUAGCACUGCUCUCUGUUCGCGUCUACUACAAGAAGUGCCCCGAGCUGCUGCAGGGCCUGGCUCGCUUUCCCGAGACCAUCGCAGGCUCUGAAGCACCCUCCCUGGCCACUGUGGCUGGUACCUGUGUGGACCAUGCCAUGGUCCCCCCUGGGGGCGAAGAGCCCCGCAUGCAUUGCACAGUCGACGGCGAGUGGUUGGUGCCCAUCGGUCAGUGCCUGUGCCAGGCGGGUUACGAGAAGGUGGAAGACGCCUGCCAGGCUUGCUCGCCUGGAUUCUUCAAGUCUGAGGCCUCCGAGAGCUCCUGUUUGGAGUGCCCUGCACACACCCUGCUCUCCCCGGAGGGGGCCACGUACUGUGAGUGUGAGGAAGGCUACUUCCGGGCACCGCAGGACCUGCUGUCAGUGCCCUGCACAGGCCCGCCCUCUCCCCCAAACUACCUCACGGCUGUGGGCAUGGGUGCCAAAGUGGAGCUGCGCUGGAUGCCACCCCUGGACAACGGGGGUCGCCAGGACAUCACCUAUAAGGUCACCUGCGAACAGUGUCUGCCCGAGUCAGGCGAGUGCCGGCCCUGCGAGGCCAGCGUGCGCUACUCCGAGUCACCGCACAUGCUGACCCGCACCAGCGUGACAGUCAGUGACCUGGAGCCCCACAUGAACUACACCUUUGCCGUAGAGGCCCGCAACGGUGUCUCGGAGCUGGUGGCCACCCGCAGCUUCCGCACUGCCAGCGUCAGCAUCAACCAGACAGAGCCCCCCAAGGUGAAGCUGGAGGGCCGUGGCACCACCUCGCUGAGCGUGUCCUGGAGCAUCCCCCUGCCACAGCAGAGCCGCGUGUGGAAGUACGAGGUCACCUACCGCAAGAAGGGGGACUCCAACAGCUACAACGUACGCCGCACUGAGGGCUUCUCCGUGACCCUGGACGACCUGGCUCCGGACACGACCUACCUGGUCCAAGUGCAGGCGCUGACACAGGAGGGCCAGGGCGCCGGCAGCAAGGUGCACGAGUUCCAGACGCUAUCCACAGAAGGAUCUGCCAACCUGGCGGUGAUCGGCGGAGUGGCCUUCGGCAUUGUCUUGCUUCUGGUGCUGGCAGGAAUCGGCUUGUUCCUCCACCGAAGGAGGAAGAGCCUGCGGACCCGCCAGUCCUCGGAGGAUGUUUACUUCUCCAAGUCAGAACAACUGAAGCCCCUGAAGACAUAUGUGGACCCACACACAUAUGAAGACCCCAACCAGGCUGUGCUCAAGUUCACCACCGAGAUCCACCCAUCCUGUGUCACGCGGCAGAAGGUGAUCGGAGCAGGAGAGUUUGGGGAGGUGUACAAGGGGACGCUGAAGGCAUCAGGGAAGAAGGAGGUACCGGUGGCCAUCAAGACGCUGAAAGCUGGCUACACAGAGAAGCAGCGUGUGGACUUCCUCAGUGAAGCCAGCAUCAUGGGCCAGUUCAGCCACCACAACAUCAUCCGCCUGGAGGGCGUUGUCUCCAAAUGUGAGGCUUGUCACCAGAGGUGGGGGUGGGGGGCCCUUGGGGGCCUGACCCACAGGGGGAUGGAGAGGGCCUGCCCACUAGGGCCACCAAACAGGGGCUCUCUCCAUAGCUGUGCCUGCCACCCACACCCACAGCUGUGCCCCCCAUCUGUGCCAUCCCCUUACAUCUCCCCGCCCCCUGCAGACAAGCCCAUGAUGAUCAUCACUGAAUACAUGGAGAAUGGGGCUCUGGACAAGUUCCUUCGGGAGAAGGAUGGCGAGUUCUGCGUGCUGCAGCUGGUGGGCAUGCUGCGGGGCAUUGCGGCAGGCAUGAAGUACCUGGCCAACAUGAACUAUGUCCACCGCGACCUGGCCGCCCGCAACAUCCUCGUCAACAGCAACCUGGUCUGCAAGGUGUCUGACUUCGGCUUGUCCCGUGUGCUGGAGGACGACCCCGAGGCCACCUACACCACCAGUGGUGGCAAGAUCCCCAUCCGCUGGACCGCCCCGGAGGCCAUUUCCUACCGCAAGUUCACCUCGGCCAGCGACGUGUGGAGUUACGGCAUUGUCAUGUGGGAGGUGAUGACGUACGGCGAGCGGCCCUACUGGGAGCUGUCGAACCAUGAGGUGAUGAAAGCCAUCAACGAAGGCUUCCGGCUGCCCACACCCAUGGAGUGCCCCUCCGCCAUCUACCAGCUCAUGAUGCAGUGCUGGCAGCAGGAGCGGGCCCGCCGCCCCAAGUUCGCCGACAUCGUCAGCAUCCUGGACAAGCUCAUCCGAGCUCCCGACUCCCUCAAGACCCUGGCUGACUUUGACCCCCGGGUGUCCAUCCGGCUGCCCAGCACCAGCGGCUCGGAGGGGGUGCCCUUCCGCACGGUGUCCGAGUGGCUCGAGUCCAUCAAAAUGCAGCAGUACACAGAGCACUUCCUGGCGGCCGGCUACACUGCCAUCGAGAAGGUGGUACAGAUGACGAGCGAUGACAUCAAGAAGAUCGGGGUGCGGCUGCCCGGCCACCAGAAGCGCAUCGCCUACAGCCUGCUGGGACUCAAGGACCAAGUGAACACAGUGGGGAUCCCCAUCUGAGCUCCGACCGGCCUUGCACUCCUAGGCAGAGAAUACUUGAAGAAACAGCGGCCUCCCUGCCAGCCCCGUGCCUGGCCACUAGGGACCUUAUUUAUUUCUAGUUGUUUUUUACCGAUGCCACUUGAGGCCUUCGCUGGACGGUUCUCGGACGACACCUUGGCCUGAACUGAGGAGAUGCUCAGGGAUCCCGGGUUGGGGGUGCUUCGCCCACAAAGGACAGUCAGCCAAGCACUUAGUAGGCACCACCGUGUUCCUAGCAUCGGGGGCAGGAGCCCUGCCACGCCCUUGAGACAUACAUGGGGGACAUUUCCAAACUGACCUCCCUUUCCCUGUCUCAGGAGGUAGGGGGGUUACCCAGUGGCCGCGGGAACAGGGUACCUCAAGCUCCACCCACUCACGAGAAGAGGCUAGACCCGCCGACUCAGCUGGGAGAGACCCAAAGGCGUUCGUUCUCCCAGGCUCCUGUGCCUUCUGCAGACCCGGCCCUGUCCUCAGCCCCCAGGGCCCGAACUCUUGCUUCCCCAGGGCCCUCAAAGGAUGCUUGGUUGUGCUGAGGUUUUUUAGAUAUAUAUUUUGUACUUUGUGGAAAGAAUGUGUGUGUGAUAGGGGCCCGGCUAGGGCCUGGGGCAGAGGAAGGCCCGUGUCAGACAUUCCCAGGCGGGGGGCUGGUCCAUCCAUCGCUCGCCUCUCUAGACAGCGUUCAUGACUCCGUCAGUGUUAAUGAUUUUGUUUUGUUGGAAA